UUGAGAAGGAGAGCAGAGAAGCAGAUCAUCCACAUAUUGCAACAAAGUGGAACCUCUAGGGAAUUUUUUAUCAUCAAGAUCAGCCUUCAGGAUUUGUAAGAAAUUAAUUGUAGAUUAAAUUCGACCACGAAACAAACCAUGCAGAGAUUAAAGAAGAAUUCUUUACAUUCCUGGUUCAUGCAUCAAAAAAAUAAAGUUAUGGAUGCCUCUUUAGGCUCCUCUGACAACGUUGACAAAGGAAAUGACGCACAUGAAUUGACAUCAGGAAUCUAUGACGGAGCCGCCUAUGAAAGCUAUGACCAGAGCCAGGUGGAAAAAGUAACUUGUGUUGAACCCUUCGAUAAAAGCCCUGACUCAUGUGAAUCGAGAGGCAGAGAUGAAAGUAUGAUGGAACAGCUGUCCAAGAUCGAUGAUGGUGAUGAAGACGUUGACUCUCUCAAUUCACAUUACAGCAAGAUUAAGAGAAUUGUGUACUUGAUUGUAUCAUCCUUCACUUUCAGAAUAUUUGGAAUUUUGCUGAUCUUUGUGGAUGUGUCCCUCAUCAUUACAGACAUAGUUGCCUCUGAUAGCACGAUGUAUAUUCCUUUGGAAUAUCAUUCAGUUUCUUUAGCUAUUGCUUUAUUUUUUUUCAUGGAUGUUUUUCUUCGAGUAUUUAUAGAAGGGGUACGACCGUAUUUUUCUGAUAUAGUUAACUCCUUAGAUGCUGCCAUUAUUGUGGUGACUCUACUGGUCAAUAUCGCUUAUAUUUUCUAUGACUUUAAGGUUCUUAAAGAUUUCCCCGAAUUGACAAUGAUUUUACGACCUCUACGACUUAUCAUUCUUAUAAGAGUUUUUCAUCUGGCUCAUCAAAAAAGACAUCUUGAAAUGCUGACCAGGAGGAUGGUUUCAGGAAACAAACGGCGAUACAAGAAGGACGGAUUUGACUUAGAUCUCACUUACAUUACUGAGCGUAUUAUUGCCAUGUCAUUCCCAUCUUCUGGAAAGCAGUCUUUCUAUAGGAAUCCCAUUAAGGAAGUUGUACGGUUCCUGGAUACCAAGCAUCAAAACCACUACCGAGUCUACAAUCUCUGCAGUGAAAGAGCUUAUGAUGCUAAGUACUUCCAUGAUAGGGUCUGUCGAUACAUGAUUGACGAUCACAAUGUCCCCUCUUUGAGUGAGAUGGUGGCGUUCUCCAAGGAAGUAAAAGAGUGGAUGGCUCAAGACAAGGAAAACAUCGCAGUGAUUCACUGUAAGGGGGGCAAAGGAAGAACUGGAACUAUGAUCUGUGCCUACCUUCUUGCCAGUGAAAUAUUUGCAACCGCAGAGGACAGCCUUUAUUAUUUUGGAGAACGACGAACAGAUAAAUCCACCAGCAGUAAAUUUCAGGGAAUAGAAACUCCUUCUCAGAACAGAUUUGUUGGAUAUUUUGCAAUGGUGAAAAAUACCUACAACUUGACUCUUCCUCCAGUGAAAAAACUCACGAUUAAAAAUAUCGUUAUUUAUUCAAUUCAUGGUGUUGGAAAAGGCAAUGGAAAUGAUCUAAAAGUACAAAUAAUAAUGCAACGAAAGCCUGUCUUUUUCUGUUCUGCUUCCAAAAACUGUGGGAUAGUUCAUGAUGCUGAAACAGACAGAGUAAUAAUUAAUCUAUCCAACUGUCCACCUCUGUAUGAUGAGGUGAAAGUGAAAUUUCUCUCUUCUUCGGAUCUUCCUAAAUACUAUGAUGACUGUCCAUUUUUCUUUUGGUUCCAUACAUCUUUUAUACAAAAUAACAGGCUUUAUCUUUCAAGAAGUGAAUUGGAUAAUCCCCACAAACCAAAAGCAUGGAAAAUUUACCGUCCAGAGUUUGCAGUCGAGGUAUAUUUUGAUGACGUUAAGUUGUAGCUGGUAUCUGAUUAAGUGUAGCUCCCCUUCUAGGCUAGAAUCAUGUUCUUCCCAAUCCUUGCUACCUAUUUAUAUCUUUUUAACCUAUUUCCUUGCUGAUA